AUGCUUCGAACAGCGGUUUGUGGUUAUUCACGAAUAUCGGCGCUCUCAUUCAGAUCGUUAACGAAUGCAUUUCCAAAGAUUAUUCGUCGUUUAUUUCUAUCGGCUUCUUUUCAGACUCGGUUCUAUUCUCAUAAAGCACCGCUUACGAUCAAAAGUUUGGAAGAGCGAAUUAUUUUAGUCCUAAGUUUGUACGAUAAGAUAAAUCCAAAAGUAUUAACUCUUGAUUCCGAUUUCUUUAAAGAUCUCGGAUUGGAUUCCCUGGAUCAUGUGGAACUGAUCAUGGCUAUUGAAGAUGAAUUCGGGUUUGAGAUCCCUGAUGGUUUUGCAGACAACAUGAAAACUCCACGAGAUAUUUUGCAAUUUAUAUGUGAUAAGGAAGAUGUAUAUGAAUAG